GUCGGACCUAGUCGGAGUUCACGUCGUCUAUACCGCCGCGGUACAAAAAUGUACCACCGGCAUAACCAUAAUUAACCGCCACUCACCACACUCACCGGCGCGGCCGGCCGCCAGCAAGUGCAAGGUGCAGCUGGGAAGUGGCAACCGCUAACCGUGAUCGUGAACCGCCAACCGCGGGCUCCGGCAUUCGCGUUCCGUCCGUCGACCGGUGAGAACGWGCUGCAUCGCGUACUCCGUGUUGGCCGCCGCGAUUCGUGCGUGUUCCGCGACCAGUGAUAACGGAGUGCGCCACUGAUAACGAACGCGCCCCGCGAUAAUAACAACUUCUGUCGAUAAUAAUAUUAUUAUUAUUAUUGCAUUAAUCUGCAUAUUGUUAUUAUUAUAAUGGUAUACUAAUAUUGUAGUAAUAUCAGACGUCAGUAUUUAUAUCGCAGCAGCAGCGGCGGCUGGUCGACGGCCGUCUGUUUAUUGCCGAAAAUGUGACCGGCCGACCGCGGUGGAACUAUGUCCAGAAAAACCAAACGAUGGCUGUUACAGUUGCAGAUAUUACUCGCCCUGUUAGCGCUCGCAUCGUUCGUUUUCUACCAACAGGUGGGAAUCUCCGGAGGCAAUGUGCUCACUCCCGGACAGCAACAGCAGCCAAAAACAGUAAGCAACCCGACAAACUAUUCGACUUUGGAAAGAAAAUCAUUUCAACGCCUUUUGCCUGUCAAUGAUGAUCUAUUAGAUAAAGUGUUCAUCACCGUAAAAACUACUGGGAGAAAUCACUUGACCAGAUUGCCUGUAAUUAUAAGGACUUGGUUUCAACUUGCAAAAAAACAGGUCAUUAAACGUGCGCUGUGCUGUAAAAUGUCUGUCGAAUUGGACGUGUUCCUUGAAACGAAAAAAAAGUGGUUUUGUCACGUAGAUGACGACAACUAUGUUAAUGUUCCGGCKUUAGACGAGUUAUUGAAAAUGUAUAAUCCAAUUGGAGAUUGGUAUUUGGGACGUACUAGCACUCCAAAACCAUUACAAAUUCGCGCCAAAUCCCAAAAAACUACAUUUUGGUUUGCUACUGGAGGUGCUGGAUUUUGUUUGAGUCGUGCAUUAGUACUUAAAAUGGCACCAAUAUCUGGGAAUGGAAAGCUUAUGGCAAUUGGGGAUCGAAUAGGUCUUCCAGAUGACGUCAGCGUCGGAUACGUWAUAGAACAUUUGUUAAAAAUACAACUGACCCGAGUGGAACAAUUUCACUCUCACUUGGAACCAAUGAGACUUAUAAAAAAAGAUUUAUUCAACGAACAAUUGACAUUCAGUUAUUCCUUGGACAAUGAGCCGAACACGGUGGACGUGGAUGGGUUCAACGAAAUAACCGAUCCUACCAGAUUUCUUUCACUGCAUUGUUUUUUGUUUCCUGAAGCUUCGUGCUGUGUCGAAAAAUGAAAAAUACACCGCUAAUCGUAUUAUUGUUCCAGAGACAUAGUGAGAGUUAAUAAAAUCAAAUUUAGUGUCGUUUAGUAACAUUUUGCUCGGUAUUUUUGAAGUUUUUGUCUUGUUUGGCCUAACGUUUUAUUAAUCUGAAAUACGAAAACCAUUAAUCAUAAGGUCUUCAGAAUGUGCAUGUCAUGGUUGGCCAGAAGGUGGGAAACCGUCAUAAUAGUAUAUAGUGACUAAUAUUCGUGUGCUUACAGUUGGAUACUCAAUUCCCAUAAUGUGCCCGACGAAUGACAGGACUGAUAAAACUCCCUCAUUACUAUAUCGUUUGUUACGAUAACAACAUCAACAAAGUAUAUUUUCGAUUAAUCUUAAGCUUAUGAUUGUCCAAAUCAACUUAAUAAUAAAUACAGCGCAUUAUAGGAUUUCUUUGAUAAUUUUAGUUUUUCCAUCUCGAACCCAUCAUUGUAUUUCGGGUGUUAAUAUCGUAAUAAUUGAUGAUUAUUCGAAUGUCAUAUUUUAAAAAAUUUCGGGGAUUUCUUGUUUAAUGACUCCUGAAAGUGUAUCGCGUAGUAUUGAUAGAAGCCGUUAUUGUAACGAUAAAUCAUUGGGAAUUGUGUAUACACAGCUCAAACAACAAAAUUUGUUUUUUAAUCAUUGGUUUAAGUUCGAACCGAUCAUCGUCGUUCAAUGUGUUCCGAGUAUAAUCGUCAUUGAUUAGUCGUGAAAUAAACGGCGAUCUAUCGAGCAGGGGCGCACAAUAUCGGUUCGUAUAAUAUUAUUAUCGUUUAAAUCUACGCCGUUGUUGACGUGUGUUUAUAUUAAACGCAUUAAUAUCGAUUUUUUGUUUUUGUUUUUUAACGCAAGGAAACAGACAAGGUCAUUUUACCUAUGUACACAAUAUUAUAUAGCUAUUAUUAUUAAUAUUAUGUCUACCAUAGAUACCAAUCGUCUGUAAAACGUGCACAGUUAUCUAUUUUCGUUGUACGAACAAUAAGGCCWUCGGUAUUAUCGUGUGUUAGUGUGCGAGAAGACUAUAAUUUUAUCGACGGGACAAAUAGGUAUUGCGUUAUUAACGCCGAAGCGCGUUGAAACAAUAAUAUCAAACUAAAAUGAUAACUCGAAUGUGAAGUCUAUUUACAGUUUGCUCGAGUCUCUGUUGACUGAUAUUGUCUUCGAGAGUGGGCGGAUUACCGACGGCAUACGGCAUAAUGUGUCACCCCGUUGACAAAGUUCUACGAUUUUUUUUAUUGUAAUCAUAAUAGCUAGGCUAAUGCUUACACACCGUUUCUAAGGUUUCCCGCCGCCGCCGCUGUUCAUCGACCCCUUUCGUAUUUUAACGGAAUAUUUCUCAGUAAUAGUCACUUAUAUAUUAUUAUUAAGUGUAAAAUAUAUAAUAAUCAUGAAGUAUAUGAUGUAGACAAUAUGUAAAUAUCGCACGUACGUGCCAAACAGACGGCGGCGCCUUAUCCGACAUGCACGUUAUUUCUGUUUAGUUUUUUCGUCUGUGAUAUUUAAUUGUAAGUCAUUAUUUUUGUACAAACAUAAUUUAUUAUUAUUAUUGCCUAAAUGUAUUAUGAUUU